AUGGAAUCGCAGUCACGCCAGCCAUUGGUGCACUCGCCAUACCUACAGUCUCUCCUGGCAGGCGCAGUAGCAGGCACGACAGUUGACACCUCAUUAUACCCCCUUGACACUCUCAAGACACGUCUUCAAUCAUCCACCGGCUUCUGGGCAUCUGGCGGCUUCCGCGGCGUAUACAAUGGCAUCGGCUCGGCGAUAGUAGGCUCAGCGCCCGGCGCAGCGCUCUUCUUCGUCACCUACGAUGGCGUGAAGCGAUACUAUGCCUCCGGCAAGCGGAGUGCAGCAGGAGAGGCUGGUGUGCACAUGCUGGCAGCAAGUUUGGGCGAGGUCGCAGCAUGUGCGGUCAGAGUGCCGACAGAAGUCAUCAAGCAGAGAGCGCAAGCACGUCAGCAUCCGUCUUCGCUGUCGGCUUUGACGCAUAUACUGGGCCAGAGGAAGACGCAUGGAUUCGGUUAUAUGUGGAAGGAGCUGUAUAGAGGCUGGAGCAUCACCGUGAUGCGCGAGGUGCCGUUCACCGUCAUACAAUUCCCGCUCUGGGAGGGUUUGAAGAAAUGGUCUUUGCGGCAGCGACAGGGGAGCAAACCCGCGGACGUUUCUGGAUUGGAGAGUGCUGCUUUCGGCGCGGUGUCGGGCGCCAUUGCUGCUGGACUGACUACGCCGCUGGAUGUGCUGAAGACGAGGAUGAUGCUUGCCACCCAGCGGGAGACAGCGGUGGGCUUGACGAGGAGGAUUUGGGCGGAAGAGGGAGGCAGAGUGUUUUUCAGUGGGAUUGGCCCAAGGACGAUGUGGAUCAGUAUUGGAGGCGGGGUGUUCUUAGGUGCCUACACAUGGGCGAGUAAUAUAUUAUGCGGUGUAUGA